UGUUCUCAUAUUUUUAAUGUGCAAACCGAAAAUCUUUAUUCUACUAGUUUAUACGUGUUCAAAAUUCAAAAUUAAAAAUUGAGUGGAAAAUGAUACCAGUGUGCUAGAUCAGAGUUAAGGACCAAAGCAACGAUAAUGUCCAAACAUUGGUACUUUUAUUUUAAAUGAAACGCGAAAAAGAAUCUUUCGAAUCCCUUUCUACAUACAUAAAAAGUCCAUGUCUACGUUUCGAAUCGCACAACGCGCGUUGUGAAACGUUUGUUGAAAAAUAUAUUCAAUAAGAAAAUGUAAAAGAAUAUCCAGUAAGAAGAAUGGACGUUUCAAGAAUUUAAUUUUCCAUGAUUACGCGAAUGCCCUGGAAAUAUAGUACACAGGUUAAUUAUACAAACGACUGAAGAAUAAGAGGACAUAAAUCCGCAACGGCAGAGAUUAAUAUAAUAACGGAGAGUCAAGCAGAAAUGCACCAGCAAAACAAUUCAGCUCAAUGGCGCUUUGAAGUCGAGGCUCAAAAUUACGGCGGCCUUUGCCGCGGUUAUUGCAAUUGAAGGAUAUACACGUCCUGCUGAAAAAAGGGUGGUCACAGCGACCACGGUGGGCAAACGACGACAACUUCAACCGAACCGCGCUUUUGCGCGCAAAAUAAAGACUUAAUUUCGCGGUUUCGACCCUUUCCACCGGCGAGUUCGAGUUCAAAUGAAAUUAUUUCUGCUCUUUUCCUUUUCCUCUCUCUUUCUUCUUGACAGAAAGCUUGCGGAUAAAGACAGAACUAAUAUCGUCCGGAGGUUAAUUUCCGUACGCAAUUCGAGAGGACCGUCAAUAUUUGCAGCGCGAGAACAAAUCGAUGAGGUGAAUGGCGGUUCUCCAACGGAAAUACGAAUGAGAAGAUAUAAAUCCUUUUUUUCCCAACUCUCGCUGUUAGCAUCAUGUUGCAGGUUAUAUGUUACGAGCGAAUAGUGAGUGCCGGAACGGCGAAGACGACAAAGAGUCACGAUACGCUUUGGUAAAAAGCACAAUAAAAACCAACUUGUUCCACUGGUGUUCCAACUUCCGUGGCAAGGUAUUUUUGACGUUGCCGGAGGAAACGCGACAGUUCGAUGCCGCGACAAGCGAGGCGGAAGAAGCGAGAUCGCAAACGGACGCGCAAGCUGUUACAGCGACAUCCUGCAGGAACGUUCGAGUUUCGCGUUCCUCGGAAGUCAUUGGCUAUCUGACACUGCCGUCGGUGAUAUCCACACAUUGUCGGGGAUUCCUAGGAUUCCAUUUUCAAUCGGCUAAUUGUGUGCAAGGGCUCGCGUUACACGACACCGUUCGAGCUUGAUUACACUAAGCGCAAUUUAACCGUGUCACGCGAGUGCAUUUUAAUGAGGUAAGCAGUAAUUUUAAUUGCGACAACACGCAAUUACACCGGCCACAGAUGUAAUGAGAAAAGAAGAGGUCAAAGUGUCACCGACAU